UUUGGUCGAGAAAAAAGUUGAUUAAAGUCGGCUAUUUAAUUCUUAAUUAAUUAUUUUAAUUCAACUAUCGGUAACAAAUCGGCAGGAAGUUGCUGCAAUCGUCGAACACCGACUGCUAUAAAACUCCUUGCGGUGGCGGACAGCCAAAACUUGGCAAAUUUGUUUCAAGCAUGGCUGCUAAUUUCUGGACUUCAUCGCACUACAAACAACUCAUGGACCAAGAGGAGGUCGAUGUGGUGCAAUCGCUCGAUAAAGAUAGGGGCAUUACUCUUGAGGACUUCAAGCUCAUUAAGAUGCACAUGGCCAAUUAUAUACUGAAGUUGGCUCAACAUGUGAAAGUUAGACAAAGGGUUAUUGCAACUGCUAUUACAUAUAUGAGACGUGUUUAUACCAGGAAGAGUAUGACAGAAUAUGAUCCACGAUUAGUGACCCCAGCCUGCCUACAUUUGGCUUCAAAAGCAGAAGAAAGCACGGUGCAAGCUAGACUCCUGGUCUUUUACCUUAAAAAAAUACAGUCUGAUGAUAAACAUAAGUAUGAGAUUAAACACAUACUGGAAAUGGAAAUGAAGAUUUUAGAAGCCCUCGACUAUUAUUUGGUGGUAUUCCACCCUUAUCGAGCUUUGUCUCAGUUGCUCCCAGAUGCAGGCCUGAAUGACAUAAGUAUGACUCAAUUGACUUGGGGGCUUGUGAACGACACCUACAAGAUGGAUCUAAUUCUUGUACAUCCACCCUAUUUGAUAGCUUUGGCUUGCAUAUAUAUUGCUAGCGUACUAAGAGAGAAGGACACAACUGCAUGGUUUGAAGAACUUCAUGUUGAUAUGAACGUGGUCAAGAAUAUCUCUAUUGAGAUAUUGGAUUUCUACGAAAACCACCGAAUGAUUACUGAAGAGAGAAUUCUUUCGGCUCUGAACAAGCUGUCUAUGAAGCCAUGAAUGUGAAACAAUUUCCAGUUCCUAUCAUAGAUCGUGUAAGUGAUGAUGUCUGCCUUUUUAUCUAUUAUGGUAAUGUGCUAUAUAUAUUAUUCUAGAAUAUAAUUUUAGGAACUUGUCGGUGUAAAAUAUUGUGCAUGGAUAUUUCUUAGCCUUUGCAAACUUGGUCAAGGAAAAGAUGUAGCCAUUGAAGGUGUUACUUA